AUGGCUGAAACAAUGAAUGUAAUACCAAGAGAUGAAGAGGAGAUCCAAAAUAUCACUGAUGAUGAAGACCCAUUUCUGAAUUGUGAUGCUGUAAUGGCAUCCCCUCUUUCCUCUGCCAGUCCUUCGUUAACCAGCCUUAACGAUGACAAGGGAAGCUCAGCAGUGCCAGAAAGACUGUCCAUCCUCUCCAGCAAGGCUGUGGCCCAGGCAAAAGUCCUGAAUGGCCCAGAAAUGGUUAGUGGUGACAUGACACAGAGGACAGCCUCUGGGUUGACUGACCAUCCUCUGACAGCUGGAAAUGUAUCGUUAGGUGGCUCAUCAUACUCUGCGGCAGUCAGUAACCUGCAGCCUGUGGACAUUUCCUCCCUGUGCUCUGAAAGUCCCUGCUGUGAUGGUGACCAGAGUUUGAAAAUGCUCCAGGUGACAAGGGUGCCCAGUGGUGCUGGUGAGCCCCUGCAGGCUGUUGCUGGCCUUCCUGGGACUGACCCCAGGGGCUGCCACGUGCAGUGGGCAGGGGGCGAAGCCAAGGACAAUAUGGCCCCUCUUAGUCUGGGCCAGGUGAUUUGGACGAAGACUGCAAAAGUAACAGAGACCUUAGAAAAUAAGAAAAAGGAGGAAAAAGAGAAGUACCGGCUCCAGCUAGCUAUGUACCGACGGCUUCUGCUCUUGCGCUCAAUAAGGAGCUUGCAUAAGCAGCUGGAGCAGCAGCAGGCCAGAUUGCAGGAAUGCUACGGCACAGUGAUAAAUACCAAGAAAGAAGUGUUGAAACACAUUCACUCAACCUCGCCCUCACCUUCGCCUUAA